AUGGCAGCUAUUUCAUCUGCCCAUGGAUUAUCGUCACUAUUACCCAUCUUUGAUUCAUUUGUAAGACCUUAUGUAUCAACACAAGAUGUUUUAAGAAAUCAUCAAACAACUAUCAUAAAACAGGUUGCAACAAGUAGUGACGAUGACUCAGACGAUGAUGAUGAUACAACAUCAACAAAAACAAGUGAGAAAAAGAAGAAACAACCAAAGAAUUAUAUCAAUGAAAUAUUACGUUCAGGUGCAAUUGAUGUUGAAAAUGUGUCAACAAUUGGAAAUUAUUUGAUGAAAAAAAGAAAUUGGCCAAUGAGAGGAUGGCAUAAACGUUAUUUUCUAUUAGACAAUGGUUAUUUAAUGUAUGGAAAAUCAGAACAAGAGAUUAAACGUGGUCGUUAUAAUGGUCGAUGUGAUAUUGGUUUGUGCAUUGUCACAUUUAUUCGAGAAGUACAGCGUAUUAGUGUCGAUGAAACAAACUUUGUUUAUCAUAUAAAAAUCAAAGAUAAAAAACAGUUUGAUCAAUGGUUAGAUCAGAUUGCUCAACAUCGAAGUUAUAGACAAAAACAGUUAGAAAAAGUACCAGAUAUACAAGACAUUGAACAACAGAAUAGAACAGAUAGUGAAUCAACUAUCGUAUCAACAUCCGAUCGUCUAUUUUACAACGAUUUUGCCGACAUACAAAUCCAAUUAAGUUCAUUAUCAGAUAUCUUGGAACAAAUUAAACUCAACACAAAAGAUACAGAACAAGAUUAUGUACAUCAUGGCAUUCAUAAAUCAGCAAAACAACAACGACCAUCUAUUGCUGAAUUAAAACAUGUGUCGUUUCGACAGCAUAGAAAAGAUCUUAAAGUUGGCACAAAUAAUCUUUCUGGCAAUGAUCACCAACAGUCUCCUAGUAUAGGCAGUGUACAUUCAAAUUCAUCCACAACAAGUUCGCCGGAUUUUCAAAGAAUAGAGUAUUUUCACUUGUCAAAAAAAGUAUUUGAUAAUUUGAAUAGUUUAUACAAGAGAUUAUCGCUAUUAGCUAUUGAAUCAAAUACAAGAAAUCUAAGCGGUUUACAUUCAACAUCGUCAACAUUAUCUCGACAAGGUUCAAUAUUUUAUGAUGCACCAGAAGCAUUUGGUAACUUAUUAUUAUUGGAUAAAGAUGAAUGUGAUAAAACGACUGUAUCAGAAUCGACGAGUGAUGACGAAAGUCCAGCUGGAAGUUUGGAUACAGCUCAUCGACGUCCAACACAAUCGACACUUCAUCCAGUCAAACCGCCUCAAAUAAAAUGGCGACGUUCUUCGUUGCCCGCUACAGCGCCUGAUUCAUCCAAUAUCAAACUAUGGGAUAUUAUGAGAAAAGCUAUUGGCAAAGAUCUAUCUCGUAUCGCCAUGCCUGUCAUAUUAAAUGAACCAUUAGGUUUAUUACAAAAAUUAUGUGAAGAAAUGGAGUAUACCGAUUUGUUAGAUAAAGCAUCAUUAACAGAUGAUAAAUAUCAACGAAUGGUUUAUGUUGCUGCAUUCAUAAUUUCCACCUAUUCAUCAAAUUAUUAUCGAACAGGACGAAAAAAUUUUAAUCCUUUGUUAGGUGAAACGUACGAAUGUAUUCGAGAAGAUAAAGGAUGGAAAUUUAUUGCCGAACAGGAUCUUCUUGUUGAAAAUUCGAAUGGAACAAAAGCACGAAUUAGUUUUAUGCAGAGUAACUAUCGCACUCGUUUGAACAAUGUUGCUGGCGACAUAGAGAAUGAACAGGGUGAUAUUGUACAUAAAUUAUUUGGACACUGGCAUAAUGAUGUAUUCUGUGGAAAUGAUCAAACGGCAAAAUGUAUAUGGAAACAAAGUGCGGUACUGGAAAAUUCCAAACAAUAUUAUGGUUUUACUCGUUUUGCUAUUGAAUUAAAUGAAUUAGAUGAUGAUCUAAAACAACAAUUACCUCCCACCGAUUCGAGACUCAGACCAGAUCAAAGAUUGCUAGAAGCGGGUGAUAUUGAAUCAGCUGAAAAAGAAAAAGCUCGUAUUGAAGAUGGUCAACGUCAACGUACACGCGAACAAGAACAAUGUCAUGAAAAAUAUGAACCGUUAUGGUUUGAUGUGAAUUACGAACAACAAUCUUAUAAACCAAAAUAUGAUAUGUAUUGGAAAAAAAGGGAAGAAAAGUUUCUAGGAAUUAAUUUUAUGAAUUUAUGGUAA